AUGGAAAUAGAAAUGGAACCCGAGAGGAAAGGAAGGCUGACUCUGGUCUUGGCUGGAGCUACACUCAUCUCCACCUUCGGCUCCUCCUUCCAGUACGGAUACAAUGUGGCAGUGGUCAACUCUCCAUCCUUUUACAUGCAGAGUUUCUACAGGAGGGCCUAUUUUGAUCGCUAUUUGGAACCCAUGGACGAGAACCUCCUGACCCUCCUCUGGUCCCUCACCGUCUCAAUGUUCCCUCUCGGAGGCUUCUUUGGAUCGCUAAUGGUUGGCCGCAUGGUCAACGCAUUUGGAAGGAAAGGAGCCCUGCUCUACAACAACUUCUUCUCCAUUGUCGCUGCCAUCAUGAUGGGGACGAGUGAGAUUGCAACAUCCUUCGAGAUGAUUAUCGUCGCACGUUUCCUAGUGGGCAUUUGCGCAGGCAUCUCCUCCAAUGCGGUGCCCAUGUACCUGGGGGAACUGUCCCCAAAGAACCUGAGAGGUGCCAUCGGCAUAGUGCCCCAACUCUUCAUCACUAUCGGCAUCCUCACCGCACAGGUCUUUGGCAUACGCAACUUCUUGGGCAAUGGAGCAGGCUGGCCCCUCAUGCUGGCCCUGACUGGAGUGCCUGCAGUGCUGGAGCUCCUGCUACUUCCCUUCUUCCCCGAGAGUCCGCGCUACCUGCUCAUCCAGAAGGGCAACAAGGACACGGCAAAGCAAGCUCUGCAGAGGGUGCGUGGCUGGGAGGAUGUGGAGGAUGAGCUGGAUGAGAUGCGCAUGGAGGACCAGUCGGAGAAGGCUGAGGGCCGUCUGUCUGUCCGCAACCUCUUCUCCUUCCGCUCGCUACGCUGGCAACUCAUCUCCAUCGUCAUCAUGAACAUGGGGCAGCAGCUCUCGGGGGUUAACGCGAUCUAUUAUUAUGCAGACAAUAUCUUCCAAUCUGCUGGUGUGAAUCCCAAUGACAUUCAGUAUGUGACAAUUGGCACAGGAAGCGUGAACGUCUUCAUGACUAUUGCUGCGGUCUUCAUCGUGGAGGCCUCGGGCAGGAAGCUGUUGCUUCUCCUGGGCUUUGGGAUCUGCUGUGGUGCCUGCUUCGUCCUGACCGCUGCCCUUAAGUUGCAGGAGAGUGUGAGCUGGAUGCCGUACCUUAGCAUCACCUGUGUGAUCAUCUAUGUCAUUGGGCACGCCAUCGGACCAAGUCCUAUUCCAUAUGUCAUCACUGCGGAGGUGUUUCGUCAGUCCUCCAGACCGGCUGCUUUCAUGGUUGCUGGCUCUGUGCACUGGCUUUCGAACUUCACCGUGGGAUUGGUCUUUCCCUUCCUAGAGGAAGGACUGGGCCCAUUCAGCUUCGUCAUCUUCGGUGUGAUCUGCCUGCUCACCCUCAUAUACAUCCAGAUCUUCGUCCCCGAGACCAAGAAUAAAACCUUCCAGGAGAUCAGCCACCUGUUUGCCAAGAGGAAUGGGGUGGAGAUCACGGAGGAAAAGGCCGAGGACGGAGGGGAUAGCAGCAGCAGUAACAGUAGCAGCCGAGGCGAGGAGGUGGAGGUUGGGAAAGAGACACGAUUUUGAGAAGCGAUGAAAGGACUUUAGUUCCAAGUUCCAAGGACUUUACUUC